AUUUCUUAGGAACACGUAGCGCGUAUCAACACCGUUAAAUAAAACAAACUGGACAUAUUCAGAUUUCAGACACGACGCAAACUAAAAUCCUUCAUCAAAUCUUCCUCUGUAGACAUGUCUUGUUCCCACCGUUGAUCAUUUUCACCAUAGUCCCAACUCCCAACCGGCCCUGCUUUCAUCAAACCCCUAACUGUUGGUGUUUUUGUGUCAGCAGCGCACAGAAAAAGUAAUGAAAUAUCAGUGAAAAGUGUGAAAACCAAAGCAAAGAUCGAAUUUUGUUGGGUUCGCAGCGAUGACGAGCAGUUGGAGAAGAACAUUGGGAAAUGUGAGGUCCUUCAUUGGCAAUACCAUGGGAGGCCUUAGAGGAGGAACAAACUUGGCUUCUUGGGCUGUAGCUGGAACCCUCGCUUAUUUUCUUUGGGUCAAGCCCUCUCAAGACCUCAAACGCGAACAACAGGAAAGGGCUGCGCUUGCAGCUUCGGAUCCUAAUCGCUACAUUGAGAAACGAAAACCAAUUCCUGACCCUCAGGGUGUUUGCAAAUCUCUAGGGGCAUAGAUUGUUUAUAUAUUCACACUUGGAAGUAAAAGAUCGUGUCCUAGUUUGCAUUUCAAAGAGCACUGAAGAUUAUGGAGGUGGCCAUGGUGAUGCAAGUGCCCAGUAAGGGCAUCAAUAGACCAUUGGUAUGAGAUCAAUUAACCAAUUUGAUUUUGUCCUGUAUUCGAAAGCUUCCAACUUCUCACGAUUGGCUAAAGCUCUAAAAUGAGGACUUCCUGGGAUAGCCAAAACUGAACAGUGCAUAGGUUGAUUGAUGAGGACAUAGGCACAUAGCUCUUGGUGUUUCUCUUUGAAAACCAUGCAUUUCGCUCAAGAAGUAUGUAAGUUUCAAUCCAAUGUGGCAUCCAUAUUCUUGAUGAGAUUCAUGUAUGCAUGUGGAAGCCUUAGCACCUUAAUGAGCCAUGAAUCCCCUAAUCAUUUUGCUUUUUUUUAUUUGGAAUUCCAUGUCUAGGUUGGUUUUGAAGGGUUUGCAAUGUUAUGUACCUUCUAAAUUUGUUAAAUAACCAUUUUUACCAGUUUUUAUUGAGUAAUGGCUAGAGUUCUGCUGGUGGCAGCUUAAUCUAAAUCUGUUAGUUUGUGGCUAAGAUUCUCAAUAAGUGCUUUGACAUAUUGAAUAAUAUCUUGGACUGGGUGUCAAAAAUUAUUUAGGAUUCUCUAGAGUUCUUACAGUAACACCACCAUGGAGUAUCCAAAAUUCAUCCAUUCAUUUUUAAAUCAGAGGACUGGAUUUUGUCACGUCAUCAAUAAUUUAAAUAAAUACCAAUAAUACCAAUAUGGUGAUAGUCAAUGUUUUUAAAUGUUGAUGACACGAUAAAGUCGAAUUGACUCAUUUCAAAAUGGAUAAAUAGGAUUUUAGGAACUCCAUUUAUCCUUAGAACUCUAGAGGAUCCUAAUCCCUCAAUCCAUACUAAGAAAAACCAUAAUGAAUUAAGCAUUGUAGACUAGAUUUAACAAAGUAUGACUUUGGUACUUGGUCAUACCC